UCGAGUCUCAGUUGUGUGUGUUGGCUCGGUCGAGGAGGUGGUAGCAGGCGCCUCCUCCCUCCCUGCCACUCACUCACACACACGACUCCUACCCAUACAAUAUACUCUCAAAGUUACAAUGCCAAUAUAAUGGUGAUUUAAAUAUUGUACUGUUGUAUUUACGAGAGAAAAUGUGUGUGGGUUUAGUAGUGAACUCAUUCUCCAUGAAACUUUGAAAGCUGUGCCAUUAAACGUCUCAAGUGCUGUUGGUUAUACAGAAUUUCCUGUAUGUGUUUACUGAACUUGAGGUCGUGGUAAGAGAAUCAUCAUGGAGCUGAUAGUACUGGAGGUCACCACUAACCUCCUCACCACCUCUACCUCCACCUCUAUUGACGCCUCAGCCACUCUACCUCCCUACCUCACACCUCAUGGACAGCCAGAUAACGUUACCCUGGUCUUCGCCGUCAACGAGACCUGUCAGUAUAACUAUCGACCUGUUAACUUCACCGAGUACCUGUAUGAAUACCGCAAGGAGACCUGGAUACCUAUCACCUGGCGGGAACUCGUUAAGAUAGUGGCGUACGUGAUAGUGUUCAUGGUGUCCUUGGUGGGGAACCUGCUGGUGAUCUUGGUCGUCUACUACAACGUACACAUGCGCUCCUCCACCAACCAGUACUUGGUGAACCUGGCCGUGGCUGACCUGCUGGUGACUCUCUUGUGUACGUGGGUGCAUUUGGUGCGCAACCUCUCCCACCCACACCACGUACUGCCCGCCAUCUUCUGUAAACUGGACGGCUUCGCACAAGCCACGUCUCUCCUGGCCAGCGUGUUAACAUUACAUAUCAGUGUGGGCAGGUUCGUUGGCUUAUCCUGUCUUCGCCAGACCGCGCCCACCGUGUCAUCGCUGUGGUGUGGGCGUUGUCUUGUACAGGUGAGCGGUUAUCUUGUACAGGUGAGCGGUUAUCUUGUACAGGUGAGCGGUUAUCAGGCACAGGUGAGCGGUUAUCUUGCAGGUGAGCACUGUGUACCUGCCCGCAACACAGCCACACGGGCCAAGAAGAAGGUAGUGAAGAUGGUGUCAGUCGUCCUGCUGGUGUUUGUUGUUGGACGCCGCUACAGACCAUCAUCCUCUACAGUAACUUCUGUCCACGUUGACCAUAACUCCUUGCCGGAGUGGUUCGAGUGGGAGUUCUCUGCUUACUUCAUCGCGUUGUCUAACUCCGCCCUCAACCCCAUCAUCUACUGCGGCUUCAACGACAACUUUCGCAAAGGUCUCAUGUCUUCCUCACCUGCAGACACUCCUCUACCGGCAUACACCACCGUCGUGAGUAUAACUGUGUCAGACGGCAGGAUACACCACCGUCGUGAGUAUAACUGUGUCCAGGCGGCAGGAUACACCACCGUCGUGAGUAUAACUGUGUCAGACGGCAGGAUACACCACCGUCGUGAGUAUAACUGUGUCAGGCGGCAGGAUACACCACCGUCGUGA